AUGAUUCCUGGUGGUCAAGCGCAUAUUAACGCUAGAGAUGCAGCAGUAAAAUCUAUUGAUGAACUUGCCAACUAUUUCAAAGUUGACCUAAAAACUGGCCUUGAUCAUACUGAAGCUCAACAUCGACUUAAGUUAUGUGGUCCAAAUGAGUUGAAACACCCAAACCCAGAUCCUUUAUAUAAGAAAUAUCUCGAACAAUUUAAAGAACCUAUGAUACUGUUACUACUUUCAUCAGCAUGUAUCAGUCUUAUUAUGAAGCAAUAUGAUGAUACCAUUAGUAUUACUGUUGCAAUCUUAAUAGUGGUUACUGUCGCGUUUAUUCAGAGUUAUAGAUCAGAGAAAGUCCUAGAAGCUUUACAAAAAUUGAUGCCACCGAAAUGUAGCUGUCUACGUAGUGGUGAAAUGCAUACAUUUCUAGCUUCAUAUCUUGUUCCUGGUGAUAUUGUCUGUUUAUCAGUUGGUGAUCGUCUCCCAGCAGAUUUAAGACUUUUCGAUCUGACAGAUUUACGAAUGGAUGAGUCUAGUUUGACUGGAGAAACUGAAGCCGUUCCCAAAUCUUCAGAGAUUCUUUGUACACAUUUCCCGAUAUCUGAUACUUCUGAAGUUAGAUUUUCAUCAACACAAAAUGUGAAUAUAGGCGAUAACAAAGCUGUUGAACGUCUACGUGGAUGUCAUGAUCUAAUUAAUAUUGGAUUUAUGGGAACAUUAGUUUGUUCGGGUACCGGAAAAGGUUUGGUUAUUGGAACUGGAGAACAUUCGGAAUUUGGUGAAGUUUUCCGUAUGAUGCAUUCAGAAGAAGCACCACGUACACCACUUCAGAAGAGUAUGGAUAAGUUGGGAAAGCAUUUAUCUGCUAUCUCUUUAAUUAUUAUUAGUAGUAUAGUGAUUAUUGGUCUAUUUCAAGGACGCCAUAUUUUAGAAUUGUUAACUAUUGGCGUAAGUUUGGCAGUCGCAGCAAUCCCUGAAGGUCUUCCUAUUGUAGUAACUGUCACUCUAGCUAUUGGCCAAAUGCGUAUGGCAGCAAGAAAUGCGAUUGUUAGACGACUUCCAGCUGUUGAAACUCUUGGUUGUGUAAAUGUAGUUUGUUCAGAUAAAACUGGAACCAUGACGAAGAAUGAAAUGACUGUAUCACAUAUAGUUACUGGUUCAUUAGAAAGAUACACAAUUCCUAUUCAACAACCCAAUAAACACAGUGAUACUACUUGUGUAAAGUUAGAUAUGAAUUAUGCCAAUCAUUCUAAUUAUUUGACUGUAACUUCUGCUGCCACUCCUACCGAAACCAUUAAACUAGAUAACGUUUCACUAUCAAAUAAAUUAAUGUCAAAUCAUAUCAAUCCUCAUUAUCAGAUGUCAGCAAAUGCUAGAUCAGUUUCGUUUGAUGAAUUACGUACACCAUAUUAUUAUCCACCAUCUUUGGAUAGCAUAAUACAGAUUGGUUGUAUUUGUAAUAAUGCUACAAUUCGAGAUAAUCAGUUAUUUGGUCAACCCACGGAAGGUGCACUAUUAAGACUGGCCUCCCAAUUUCAUGCACUAGAUGAACGUGCAUUUUAUACUCGUUUACAAGAAUGGCCAUUUAGUUCCGAGUCAAAACUUAUGAUUGUUAAAUGUGUUCGAAAUAAUCAAUCGUCGACUCCUGAUGAACCAGUCUACUUUGCUAAAGGAGCUGUAGACCAAUUGCUUAAUCGUUGUGCCUUUACAUCUUUUUCAAACGAUUCUGCGAUUUCAAUGCAAUCAUCACCAUCUGAUGGUCAUCCAUUUAUGUUAUCGAAUCGUUAUUCUAAUAAUAGUUCUAUAAAGUCAAUGGAUUUAGAGACUAGAAAAGCAAUACUUAAUGAAGCAUCCAUACUUGGUAACUUAGGUUUACGUGUAUUAGCAUUGGCUAAAGGUGUUAAUUCUGAACAGAUGAUUUUCCAUGGAUUAGUUGGUUUAAUUGAUCCACCACGUCCGGGUGUAACUGAGUGCAUUCGAAUAUUAUAUGAAUCUGGUGUUCGUGUGAUUAUGAUAACUGGUGAUGCUAAAGAAACUGCAUGUACCAUUGGCUCUCGUUUAUCUCUUUAUCGCCCUGGUGAUCUGUGCCUCAGUGGUGAAGAAGUAGAACGAAUAAGCGUUGAACAAUUAAUGUCAGUUGUACGUAAUGUUACUGUGUUUUAUCGAUCCGGACCGAAACAUAAGUGCAAAAUCGUCAAGGCUCUACAACAAUCCAAUUUAGUUGUCGCAAUGACUGGUGAUGGUGUGAAUGAUGCAAUCGCAUUAAAGUCAUCAGAUAUCGGUAUUGCAAUGGGUCGUACAGGAACAGAUGUAUGUCGUGAAGCUGCUGAUAUUGUUUUAUUAGACGAUAAUUUUGCCACAAUUUUAGCUGCGAUGGAAGAAGGCAAAGCAUUAUUUCAUAAUAUUAAAAAUUUCAUCGGCUUUCAAUUAAGCACGUCUAUAGCUGCUCUAGCCUUAAUUGCUUUAUCCACAUUACUUUCACUCCCAAGUCCAUUGAAUGCUAUGCAAAUUCUUUUUAUUAAUAUACUAAUGGAUGGUCCACCUGCUCAAAGUCUAGGCGUAGAACCACCAGAUCCUCAUGUAGUUAGACAACCUCCCAGACGAGCAAAUGAUUCUAUUUUGGAUGGUCGUUUAAUGUUCAAUGUAUUGACAGCUUCAUCACUAAUUGUCUCUGGUACUUUAUGGAUUUUCUUUAGAGAAUUGUCUGAUAAUAAAGUUACACGACAUGAUACAACUAUGACUUUUACAUGUUUCGUUUUAUUUGAUAUGUUCAACGCAUUAAGUUUUCGAUCACAGAAUAAAUCGAUCUUCUCAUUGGGAUUUUUCUCUAACCGUUUGUUUGUACUAGCUGUUGGGUUGUCUUUAUUUGGUCAGUUAUUGGUAAUAUAUUUCCCACCAUUGCAAGCUGUGUUUCAAACUGAAGCAUUGACAUUAAAAGAUUUAGUUUUAUUAGUUUGUUUAACGUCAUCGGUAUUUUUCGUGUCUGAACUACGUAAACUUGUGCGCAUACGUUCAGAUUUCUAUUUCUGGGCUACAUAUUUUCUGUCGUUUAUAAGAAUACCAAGACGAGUAAAAAUGGAUGACAACAUGGUUUGA